AGAGAGAAAGAGAGAAUAUGGAAGUAGAGAAAGAUAGACGUAAAAUGUAAAUGCUGGUGGUGUCGGAAUUAGUAAUGCCAUAGUAGUGUAAUUUUCCCUUUUUUAAAGCAUUUUUACAUUAUUUUUCAUCAAAAAAAUGUGAAAAUAAACGUUCUACUAAACUUGGCCGUAAGGGGCCACAGCUAUCAAUCAUGAUUACUGCCAUUGUAAUCCUAAUACUGAUGCAAGGUUUUGUUUCAAGUCAACCAUGUCCUCAUCGUUGUGAAUGCAAACGUAUAGGACCACAAGCAGAAUUGUUGAAAGUAAUUUGCAACGAUCACAUACAACAAAUCAAAGAAAUUGCCCUCGACACCAUCGGUGUUGAAAUUUUUCAAAUUGAUUUAAAUAAAAAUGAUAUUUACAUUAUUGAACCGAAUAUAUUUAUUAAUUUGACGUACUUAAAACGAUUGAGCAUUUCCUACAAUAAAAUUACAACUUUGGCGGAAGGAUCAUUCAACGGUCUGGAAAACUUAGAAAGACUUGAUUUGAAUCAUAAUCAAAUUUCAACAAUAGACACGUAUGCCUUUAAGCAACUGAUAAAUCUCAAACGACUUGAUUUGUCUUUCAAUCGAAUAAGCAAGUUGGGUCCAACAUUAUUUCAUAGUAUGGUGGUAUUAGAUCGCUUAAAACUGAAUGAUAAUUACUUGACAACACUAAAGGAGGGGACUUUUCACAGACUUAAAUCUUUAAAACAAUUAGACGUGUCUAAUAAUCCAUGGAACUGUAAUUGUGAUCUUUAUUGGUUUAGCAGUUGGAUUAAUAAUAGCACCUUAAAAUUGAAUUCUCCAAAAUGUGCCACACCGUUGAAUCUAAAGGAUCAAGCAAUCAGAAAAUUGAAACUAACCGAUGGGAUAAAUUGCGAGUGGAGUAUUCCUGCCUUGGAGGUAUUGCCGCAUCAAAAUCAAAUUGUUUUUGCCGGCGAUUCGUUAACAUUAAGAUGUCGUGCGCCCACCAUUACUGACACUGAACGCACUAAAAUAUUGUGGUUUUGGAAUCCAAAUAUCACUACAAAUACUCAAAACUCGACUGUGCAAUUGAAUCCAAAUGAUAAUUUGUCGAAUGUGAAAAUAGAGAAUCGACGAUUGACAGAAAGUGGUCUUGUUGACAGCUCCCUGAUUAUAAAUCCCGUGAGAGAAGAACACACUGGACAGUGGAAUUGUUUACUAGCCUCAGUGUACGGGAACAAAUCAAAAACUAUAAAUGUCAUAGUAAUAUCAAAUUCAACACGAUAUUGUCCACAAAUAGUUACUAGAAAUAAUAAAGGGACCUACAUGUGGCCGAGAACAGUAUUAGGCUGGAAAGUUGAAUUGCCAUGCGAAGGCAGUGUUUUAUCCAGCCUCUUACAAAAUCCACUUUUGGCAACUUAUCAUUGCAAUACAACUGGAAAUUGGGAGAAUCUAAAUACCGAACAAUGUCCUUAUGUAUCGCCAACAACGAAAAUUCUCGAGCAAUUCUCAAAAGUUAAUCUUUCACUCACAAAAACAAGUCUAAUGGAAACUGUGAAAAAAUUUAAAAACUACACCGGUGACAGUGUCACACUGACAGAUCCAGUUGAAAUUAAAUUUAUAACCCAAACGAUAGAAAAUUAUCUGAGUUUUUUAAUUGAAGAAAAAGAAUUGGGAACAAUGCUUAUCGAUAUUAUAAAUGUUGUAUUAAAUUUACCAAAACGCUUAUUGAAAAUGGCCGAAAUUUCUUACAAGUCAUGUACAAAAUUAAUAAAAUCAGUGGAGAAAAUAACUGAACUCACGCCGGCAAUUCAGUCGCAUAAAAAUAAUAUGGCACUCGAGGAGAUACGAAUAAAACCGGAAAGUUUUGUUGGACUAAUGUGCAGUUGGUACAAGAGUAUCAAUCCCGAUGAGAAACGUGAACUUUAUUGCACGAUUAAUAAUAAAACGGCAAUGAUUAGUAUGAAGGAGCAAACAAUUGAGGCAUCUGUGCAAUUACCAGCUUCUUUGUUUAGCCAUUUUGAAGAUAAGGAAGCGGCCUAUCAACUAAUGAUCUCCAUGUAUAGUAAUAGUAGACUUUUUCCAAAAAUAAUCGACGAAGAUAAUAUGGAUAUUUCAUCUUGUAUUAUUGGCAGCAAAAUACUGGGAAGAACAGUGAACAAUUUAACAGACCCAGUUUACGUGAUGUUGAAAACACCUCUACAUCAUUACAAUAGUAAAUUAAUUCCUGUUAUUUGGGAUUCAACGACAAAUGGAACUGGAAAAUGGUCCAGCGAUGGUUGUGAAUUAUUAAACUUAAUAAAUAAUUUGAUUGUUUUUCAUUGCAACAGACUUGGAUAUUAUGGUCUUUUGCAGGAUGUUAGCUACCUCGACAAAGAAGGUGGAAGUUUAACUGGUGCCAUGUUUAAAUAUUCGAAUCCUGCGGUUUAUGUUGGAAGUUUUAUUACAAUAAUCUGUCUCGUUAUAAUAACCGUAACGUACGUCUGUUGUUAUCCAUCGAUAGCAAUGCCAAAAAAAGCGAAGCACUGUGUUAUCAACACUUGGAUAGCGUUGACAUUGCUCUGUAUUUUAUACAUUGCUGGAAUUCAACAAACGGAAAAUAUAGAAAUUUGCCAAGGUGUUGGAUUAGUUUUACAUUAUUUGUCUCUUUCGAGUUUACUUUGGAUGGCUGCCACUGCAAGCAAUAUGUAUAAACGUAUCUCGAAGUCCGACAUGGAAAAUCUGCCAGACGAUGAAAUUCCCGAGCCGCCUAUUCGCAAACCAUUGCUGGGACUUUAUCUCGUCGGUUGGGGUAUUUCGUUAAUAAUUUGCGGCCUAUCUGGAGCAAUUAAUCUCCGAGAAUACGCUUCCUAUUCGCAUUGUUUUCUAUCAUCAAGACCGUCUCUCGCAGCCAUUUUCAUGCCAGCAGCUAUUCUCUUCGUUUAUUUGGUAAUUCUUCAUCUGCUAAUUAGAUGUACAAUUAGAAAUACUGAUCUCAAUGGUCAACUCUCGGAGGGGACGCAAGCGACUGAAAAUAUGGAUUUAGAAUUAUUGGAACCAAAUGCAAAUCCAAUUAUUGAUCGAGCAAGUUUACACAGUAGUCAGACAGUCUCGUCGGAAGUGGAGGAUUCCGAACAUUCACAAAUAACACAACUCAAGGGUCAAAUUAUCAUAAUGUUUCUUUAUCUAAUUACUUGGACUUUUGCUGCUCUGACAUCGGCAAAUUUAUUUGCUUCACACAUUUCAUACGAGGAGACACUUUUUGCAGUUUUGUACGCAAUUUCAGCGAGUUCAUUGGGAAUUUUUAUUCUCUUCUUUUACGGUAUUGCCAGAAAUGAUGUAAGAUCCCAAUGGUCAGUAAUGAGAUGUUGGCUGAAGAAACGAAAGCACAGAUGUUGCAGACCUCGUGGUGUUUCUGAUGCUGUGUCGCCAGUUCCAACUCAGCCGCUCGCUACAAGUAUUCCUGCACCAUUCUCCAAUACACAAGCUACCCAGGUGACGUCUGAUACGAAUUCAUUGAGUUCAUCGAGAAAUACAAAUAAAUCACAAACCAGUUACAAUAUGUCGAAACUUGUUGACGCAACGGCGGUAAAUCCACCGGAAAUGGCUAAUGUGAAAUUAAUAAUGAUGCAUCGACAGCAAUACAGAUCAAAUAAUUCAGUAACAACUUACAAUACAGAAUGUCAACCGGCUUGUGUGGAAAUGUUUUAUAAUCCACAUCAAAGUGGUGUGGCGAGAAAAUUUUUUAAAAGACAACGCAAACAUACGAAAAAUAAUAAUUUAGGACCAAGAAAACAAGGCGAUGGGGGAGUAACAAGCGACGGCGGCAGUUGUAUUUCUCUUCGAAGAACAAUGAAAUUAGACAACGAUAUUGGCAGAAGUAUUCUCAGCGGUGGAACUAAAGUUAAUAAUACAAAUAUUCACGUUGAAAUGAAUCCAAUCAAUGAUUUAAAAAAUGUCAAUAUUCUAUCGGACAGUGGACAAAGUAGUAUUGUAACGACGAAGAAAAUUAACAGGGAUUCUGCUCAGCGUGACAGUUUGGAUUAUCGAAUGUCACCAUCGAGAGCAGACUUCCAACACUUGCAUCAAGAACAUCAGAGCACUGUCUCCACAAGUCCCUACGAGUCAGACACAGGAUCAAAAACCGAGGAGAAAAAGCAAUUACGCAACGCCUCACAACAAUGCAGUUUAGAAUGCAGCUCGGACAUGGAUUCAAUAGUACAAAUGACAAGUGAAAAGAGUGAGCAAAAUUUUUCCGAAAUCGACGACAUGCUAGAGAGACCAAUUAAACGAAAAACCCGUUGUUCGAGUUUCAUCGAGCCAAUUAAUAUAAACGAUGAAAAAUUCAGAUCCGAUCUCAAAAAAUCAAGUUACUCAUGCAGCAUGUAUACAUUACCCACUGACUGUACAAAUUCAUCGAAAAGUCGAAGCCAUCGUAAUUCAACGCGCGAUGCAAUGUCAUUAGCAAGCUCAAAAAAUUGUGAAUACUCAAAAUCAUCCUACGUCGAUUCAUUUUCAUCGAAUUCACAUCUUCAGGAGAAAAUGACAACGGACGAUUCACGUGAAUCAUUAGACUCGCCAUUCAUACAGGAAACAUAUAAAUCAAUUAGUGACAAUGAUUUGGUACGACGAGGACCAAUAAGCGAUUUAUUAAAUAGUCAAAAUUGUCCAUCAAAUUCGUGCGCCGAUCCACGGCAAUUGGAGGAAAUGCAAUUGACGAAUUUCGAGAGAAAAGACGAUCAUCAUUCAAGGAAAAUUGGCAAACAUUUUUAUUCCCUCAGCGAUCUUGAACAAACAAGAGGUCCAAUUGGCAUUGUUCAACGAUAUCAAGAUAUUAAUGCCAGUAUAGGGAUUGAUUAUCAAAAAGAAAAUUAUUCUGACGACGAUGUGGCAACUUUAGAUGACGAUUGUCUUACGCCAGAUUCAUUGUUUGAUCUGUCAAAUGUGAAAAAGGAGACGAGCGUUUAAAAGUGACCAUAACGAGAUAAAACUUGAUUGUUUUUACAACAAUCUACUCCUAGUCGAAUUCAUAAGUAUCCAAUUUUUUAUUUUUUAAAAAAAAUCUUAUUAAUUAAAUUUCUCCGAGUGAUCACAUUUAAAAUUUUCCAAUAUUUCCCAUCAAUUGAAACUAAUUGAAAUUGACUACUUAUUUUAAAAUAAAAACUUUUACAAUUUGAAUCUCUUAAGAAACCAUAGAGUUAGAAUUAUAAAAAUUUUUCCAUCCUGCAAAUUGAAAUGUAGUCCUUUUCAUUUUUGUUCUCCACUCAAAACAAUUUUAAUAAUAAACAUUUAUCUAACGAAAAAAUAUCAAUUAAAAACAAAAAUAGAUAAACUAACUAAAAAAGUGAUAUUAAAUAAGAAUUUGAAGAUUUAAAUUUAAAGUUCCUAAAUAACAUUUUUAACUUGAUCACUCAUUUCUUCAAUUAAUCCAUUUUUUAUCUGACAAGAUUUGAAUCUUUACUUAACAAAUUAAAAAGCAAAAAAUACGAAAAUUGUAUAAAAGAAUUUAUUUUAGAAUUACAAAAUUAUUUUACGAUUCGAGAAAAAUUGUUUUUAGUUUUAAAAAAAUGUUAUCACUUCCUUAUAAUAGGAAUUUAUUGAUGUUAUUUAUUUAUAUUGUAAAUUUUUUAAAAAUAUAUUAUCGAAAAUUUAUAAAUUUAUAAAAUUGCUUGAAAUGGCAACUUGUCUAAUGUAAAAAUGGAUUCAUUGAACUCUCGCAACUAACGAACAAAAGAUAAUGAAUUAUUGAAUCUAGAAUAUAUAUAUAUAGAAUUUUAGAAUAUUUCGAUGAUUAACUAUAAAAUUGAAUAUCAAUUAAUUAUCUGGAUCAAUCAAUAAUUAAAUUGAAUAUCAGUAAAUUAUCUAAAUGAUCUAUUAAAUUGAGUACGAGUAAAUUAAUCAAAUUUUGGCCAAAUAUUUAAAAAAUUUGUUAAAAAAAAAACAAUUUUUGUUUUACUUUCUCAAAAAGAACACAAAGAAGAAAAAACAAAUAUCAAGUACCUUCCGUAAAUGUGCCAAAAUUAUAAUUCUACUUUACUCUGAUUGCAAGAUUAUAAAUGUACAAGAUAACGAAUCGAGAUAUAGAAAAACUUAAAAAUUAGAGCCAUUAAUAAUAAUGUAAUAAAUUAAAAUUUUCCAAAAAUAGAAUAUAUGAAAUAAAAAAUUAUUAUCUUUAAAAUAAAUAUUGUAAAUUUGAGAUAUUUCGUAU